AUGCACCCACCUGGUGCACCCGCCUGGUGCACCCACCCUGAUGCACCCACCUGGUGCACCCGCCUGCACCCACCUGGCACCUGCCUCCGUACCCACCUGGAUGCACCCACCUGGUGCACCCGCCUGGUGCACCUGCCUGGUGCACCCACCUGGUGCACCUGCCUGGUGUACCCACCUGUGCACCCACCAGGUGCACCCACCUGGUGCACCCGCCUGGUGUACCCGCCUGGUGCACCCACCUGGUGUACCCGCCCAGGCACCCACCUGGUGUACCCGCCUGCACCACCUGGUGCACCCACCUGCGUACCCACUGGUGUACCCACCUGGUGCACCCGCCCGGUGCACCACCUGAUGCACCCGCCUGGCGUGCACCCACCUGGCACCCUGCCUGGUGCACCCACCUGCGUACCCGCCCGGUGUACCCACCGGCAUACCCACCUGGUGCACCCGCCUGGUGUACCCACCUGGUGCACCCGCCCGGUGUACCCACCUGAUGUACCCGCCUGGUACCCGCCCGGUGUACCCACCUGA